CUGUGACGUCAGCUGGGGUGCGUCGCCGGGUUCUGCGAGGAGUGGAGGUCAGAGCGUGAAAGUGAGAGGCAGAGAUAGUGAGGAGUGAGGGAUAGGGUGGAAGAUAGCGAAAGACAGCAACACAGUGGGGAGAGCAGUGAGAAAAAUAAAUCAUCCAUUUAAUUUGCAGCUUCUCUGGGGAAGAAAAACACGUUACCACAGGCAUGGCGUUUUACGAGUACGUUAGUCAAGAGCAGCUAACCGGGUUUGACAUGUACAAGUACAGUGCUGUAGACUCCAACCCACUGUCUGUCUAUGUAAUGCACCCAUUUUGGAAUUUUGUAGUAAAGUUUUUACCCACGUGGCUGGCACCAAACCUGAUCACAUUUACGGGUUUCCUCUUCCUCGUUCUUAACUUUUUAAUGUUAGCCUUUUUUGACUAUGACUUCUAUGCUUCAGCACCAGACCACGUGCAUGUACCAAGCUGGGUGUGGAUUGUAGCAGGUCUGCUAAACUUCAUAGCAUAUACAUUAGAUGGUGUAGAUGGGAAGCAAGCUCGAAGGACGAACUCCAGCACACCGCUGGGGGAGCUUUUUGACCAUGGGCUGGACAGCUGGGCCUGCGUGUUCUUUGUCGUAACCGUGUACUCCAUCUUCGGGAGGGUGGAAGCUGGUGCUGGUGUGGGCGUGCGCACUCUCUACUAUAUCCUGUGGGUGGUGCUCUUCUCAUUCAUCCUCUCACACUGGGAGAAGUACAACACGGGAGUGCUGUUCUUGCCCUGGGGCUACGACAUCAGCCAAGUGACUAUGUCGCUUGUGUACAUUGUGACAGCUGUGGUUGGAGUAGAAACUUGGUAUGCACCUAUAUUUAUGAGUUUCCACUACAGAGACCUCUUCACAGUUAUGAUCCUGGGUUGUGCAUUUACAGUAACCCUUCCAAUGAGUCUCUACAAUGUUUUCAAGGUAUACAGGAAAAACAAUCUGAAGUUCAGUUCUGUUUAUGAGUCUUUUUUACCAUUCCUGUCACCUGUGCUGCUUUUUAUUCUGUCCACACUGUGGGUGUGCCUCUCGCCGUCAGACAUCAUUGAGAAACAGCCUAGAAUAUUCUACUUCAUGGUGGGAACUGCUUUUGCCAACAUAACAUGUAAGCUGAUAGUCUGUCAGAUGAGUAAAACUCGCUGCCAGCCUCUGAGCUGGUUACUGCUGCCCAUGGCUGUGGUAGUCCUAGUGAUCCUUUCAGGACUAGUGCAGCACUAUGAAACUCUUAUCCUGUAUGUUUGGACAGCAGCUGUAGCACUAGCACACAUUCACUAUGGAAUGUGUGUGGUUCACCAACUAAGUGGGCACUUCAACAUCUAUGCCUUUUCACUGAAGAAACCGAGCACAGAUUGACUAGAAGAGAAAAUCGGCCUGCAGGACGCAGAGGUUUAAAGCUAAUCCAGCAGCAGCCUAUAGACACUUCCUCCAUCACCGCAAAACUGGCAUCCACCCCCAAGAGGAGAGAGAAUAAAGACACACCCAAGCUGACAGUGCACCUGGUACUGAGGACAGUGUUACACAGGGGUAUUCCUGUGGGGCCCAGAUACAAGAGCGUAGGAAUUGCAAAAUCAUUUAAUUAUGUUUUCAGUAGGAAAUAUGAGUUCCACUUGUUUCCUAAGGAAAUCUGAACAGUUCAGAAUAGAAGGUGUCCAAUACAACUUUUGAUUUUAUAGCUUGAAAGCAGGUACUUUAUUGUUUUUAGAGCUAUGUAUAUUGCCUUCCAGGAAUUGAUUUUCUGUUGCCUUUUUUGUACAGGUAUGCUAUCUGUAGCUUUUAUCAAAUUUGAAUACUCCAUCCCAGCCCAUAACUUUGCACAAAUCUGUAGUGGUUGUCACCAGAUAACAAAGUGACAUACACAUGUCCAACCAAGGGCAUCACACGGUUAUUAUUGUAGUCACACUUUAAUGCUAAUUUAAACCUUGCAGUUAGGCUUAAGGGUAAAAAAAAAAAAAAAAGAAGUUUUUAGUAUUACUUUUCCCCUCAGUUUUUUAUAUGUUUUUUCUUUGUGUCUUUUUGAUUUUGCAAUUGAUUUUCCCCAGCAGGUUUUGAUGUUGCUAUUGAACAGCAUAGCACCUAUAUAGUGUCAUGUCAAUUCACAUAUUAAUACAAUUUGCACAUGGAAUACCUACCACAGCAAUUACAUGUACAGCAAAACGCUGGGAAAAUAAGCAACAGGAUUAUCUGGAGGCACCAGCUAACAGGACAAGCAUAGCUCACAUUUCUGAAGGAAUACAUUUUCUACUUUUUCGUAUAGUUUACAAGGCUUGGUAAUGUACUUAUGAAUCUUCCAUAGUAAUUAACACAGAUAUAUAAUGUUACAUACAAUCAUAUUAUUUCUUUUAUAUUGUGCUCUGAAGAUAACCUGUUUCUCCAUUUAGUAACUUUGAGAAAACUUGCCAUGUCGUAAGAUUGUGUUUUUUCCAAUUGUGGUGGAUUCUUACACCAUGUCAAAUUUGAAACUUCCAGUUUUACUUGCUUUUAUAGAAGACCCAUGUCUUUUUGGAUGAUGUUUUGUUUUAAGUUCUGGGUUUGCUGUUGGUGUGGUGAAAUGCAUGUGUUUUUUUGUGUUUUUUUUUACCAUGUACGAUCUUUUAAGGUGUUUUUUUUUUUUUUUUUUUUUUUUUUUUUAAUAGCAAACUCUCCAUGUUUUAUUUUACAUCCAUGAGAUUGUGCUUCAAUGAAGAUUGUGCCCUAAACCCGUCAUUGGACAGGACACACUUGGAAGGAACAAGCAUGAUCUAAGUUUUGUCUAGUUUUGCUAAAAAAAAAAUAAAAAAAAUAAAAACAAGGUUGUGCAAAAGGGUUUCCAUUUUAAAUGCAGUGUCUGCUCUUUGGAGCCGUUUAUUCAUUUUUUUGUAAAUUAUAUAUCUUGCCAUAGAUUGUUCAACCUCAAUACUGAUACCUCGGCUUCAAGAGUGCAUGUAAAUAUUGUUGUUUUUUUUUUUAUUAUUAUUUUUAUUUUGCAAUUUUAAAGUAACAAUUCAAAAAAAUGACUCCUUAUUUUUAACAUUUAGGGUUUUUGUUUAAUCAUACAGAAAAUUAGUUGUUGAUCAAACUUGUUAAGGCUGAGUAUGCAUAAAAGGAAUGUCAUACAUUUUAUUCUGAUGUUUACUGUUGUCUUGAUAUGGUUUUGUUUGUAUUAAUAAUAAUGUAAAUUAAUUUUUCCUUUUGUUAGUUACACAUGGUAGCUGAUUGUCUGUGAUGAACACCUUGUCUCCAGAAUCAUGUAUUAAAAAGAGGAUGUGGCUGUAUUCUAUACUAGACCUAUUCUUGCAGAAUGUAAAAACAAAAAUAUGUAUUUAUUAGUCAUAGAUAAACAAAAUUGGCUGGUGUGUGGAAUAUAGUAUAUGUCUAAAGAAAAACUGUUAUUGGCUAGUUUCUACAUAGUUGUUAAGGCUUAGAAAAAGAUUGGUUUCUUGGGUAUACAGUCAGAGCAUUUAAUUUAUAAUGCAUGAAACCAACUUUUUAGUUUCUGAAUAGAGCAAAAAUAUUCUGUGCCCGUAUAGGCUCAUCAAUGGAAAACAGCCACUGUUUCUACAUUUUUAACUGACAAUGUGCAGUCCAAGUGUGAAAUUAUGAAUAAUAUCAAUGGGACCACAAGCUUGAUCUGAAGUAUAUUCUGUUGUUAAACCAGGAUGACACACUCCUCUACUUAGGAAAAAUAAACUUCUGAACUGGAAUUAAAAAGAGUUGAAAACUAAAUGAAGUUUACAGUGCGGAAAAUAAAAUGCAUGGAUAUAGACCGGGGGUUUCCAACCCUGGUCCUGGAGAACUGCUGGUUUUCGCUUCACCCAGUCUCUCUUACUUAAUUGAACCAAUUAUUGGCUUAAUGAGUCAAGAUUAACAGGUGUUCCAGAUCUUUAGCCACUGAUAAUGUAAAGACACCUAGAAAACCUGCAGGAUAGGGGCUCUCCAGGACCAGGGUUGCAGACCCCUGCUAUAGGGCAUUGUUUAAUAGCUAUGUGUUCAUAUUUCAAAAUGUGUCUUUAAGGUUGACUGAAAGAUAAUUUUUAAACCUUUUAAUAAGUUAUUUUAACUAAGCUGUGAAAAAUUAUGAAACUCCAGUUAAAUUCUUUUUUUUUACUAUCCUUCGUGGUAAAGGAUUGGAAAAUGCUUUUGUGAACUUGAUAGAUAUUUAGUUUACCCUGUGAUGUCUUUAAUGCCAGUUGUUACCGUUGAGUGCAGUACACAGAUUGCCAAGUGGAAAAGGUGUAUUGUAAUGCCUCAGGUAUACAGCUGAAGGAAGUUUUUUUCAAUAGAAUAAAACCCUUUCGAUGUGCUUGUUACUGUAGUUUUGAAUCUGUUCUACCUCAGGAUAUCGUCCGUCAGGAGUAGCAGCAGCAGAUUAUGCUUCCACGGCGAGUACUAAAGCAACAGAGUACCAUUCGUUUUAUACCACACAAAAACAUUGCUUACUUUUUAACAGUUGGUUCUUGCACAGUUGCUGUGUCAUAAUGUAGAGCCAGUGACAUUUAAAUCAAUAUUCUUGCUUCUCUUUUUCGGUUUUGUAAAGGGGCAAUGCUUUGCCGUUUGUAUCAUCAGUACUGUUUUAAUUCUGAUAUACCUGUGGUUGUUUGGUUUCUGCAGCAGCCAAGUGUGUGAUACCCACGCAUUUUAGGCAACUCAGAAACACAAUUCUCUUCCUGUUCAUUUCAGACUUAAUGCUGCUUUAGUUCAAGUAUUGGACCUCUUAAUUGCUUUCCAGAGGCCUUGUUUGUAAUCUACUAAAAUCACAACAUGCUGUGUUCUGGAAAGUAAGCUUUUAAUUCUGUAACUAAGGCACAUAUCAAAUAAAUGUUUGUAUUCUCUG